AUGCUAUUACCAUUUCAGGAGUGUGCGGUUAUAUACGGUAGCCUCCCCCCAGGAACCAAACUAGCCCAGGCUAAGAAGUUCAACAACCCCGAUGACCCCUGUAAGAUUCUGGUGGCUACAGAUGCCAUAGGCAUGGGCAUCAACUUGAGUAUCAAGCGAGUCAUCUUCAACUCCCUGAUCAAGCCCACCCUGAAUGAGAAGGGAGAGAAGGAGAUGGACAACCUGAGCACGUCCCAGGCCCUGCAGAUCGGCGGGCGGGCGGGAAGGUUCGGGACACACUUCCAGGAUGGGGAGGUCACCACCAUGCACAAGGAGGACCUACAGACGCUUCACGACAUCGUCCAACAGCCGGUAGAACCUAUCGAGGCUGCUGGACUCCAUCCAACUGCUGAGCAGGUGGAAAUGUUUGCGUACCAGCUACCUGAUGCCAGCAUGUCCAACCUCAUUGACAUUUUCAUCAACCUGGCACAGGUGGACUCCCGAUAUUUUGUGUGUAACAUCGAGGACUUCAAGUUCCUGGCAGACAUGAUCCAGCACAUCCCGCUGAACCUGCGGGCCCGCUACGUCUUCUGCUGCGCUCCCAUCAACAAGAAACAACCCUUCCUCUGUACAUCCUUCCUCAAGUUUGCCCGUCAGUUCAGCCGCGGGGAGCCCAUCACGUUUGACUGGGUGUGUCGCCUGAUUGGUUGGCCCGUUGCCAUGCCCAGGACCAUCCGAGAGCUGAUGUACCUGGAGUCCAUACAUGACGUCCUGGACGUGUACCUGUGGCUGAGCUACCGUUUCAUGGACAUGUUCCCAGACGGGGGACUCAUCCGAAUGAUCCAGCGCGAACUGGACCUACUCAUCCAGGAAUCUGUGUACAGAAUCACCAGACUCAUCCGGCAGAGCGAAUCACAGACGUCUAGCGGCACGUCCGUCAGCGAAGACGAGAUUCCGCGUACGAGGAGGCCGAAGGGACACAUGUCGGGGAUCCCAAAAUUCGACGAAAUGGUGGAGGGUGUAAAGGUUUCGCCAGCAAAACACGGAGCAACAAAAACAAUAGAGGGUGAUUCGGAGACUGAAGAAAGGGGACAUAAACAUCGCUUGAGUGACAAACUUGUUCAGGAUGGCGUGAUUACGCAAAGUAUGCUGGAUAAGUUACGGAAAGAGUGGGAGAGACAGUCGGGCAGCGAUGGCAAUUUGAACAACAAAACAAGGAAAAAAAGAGGUCGAAAGAGCAAAUAUUAG